GUCAUGGCAAGCCACAACAACAAGCGCGUAUGCCGCAUCGAGGACGUCGCGGUGACAGUCUUGACGUCGCCGCCGCUCCUUGAGCUCAUUGCGAGCUACUCGGACCACUGCGCGCGCCUCUGCCCCGACUUGUACGAGGUCCUGGAUCUAGACACGGUCGAUGAAGACUGGCGCCGCCUCAGCAAUUGUGCGCGCUCCGACGAAAAGUACAUUGUGGCGUCGCUGCAUAAACGCCUCGUGAACAACGGGUACCUCGGGCCGCUGCCCGUGCCAGAUGACGACGACGAGAUAUAUCUGCAGUACCGCGAGCACUUGGUGGCGGCGGCCAUGGCCAGCAACGUCGACUCUCGCGCGCUAUACACGGCACUGCGACACCGCAAUCGCAUCGGGGCAUGGCUUGCGCGCCUCAAGCCCGAGUUUGGGGAGUAUACCAGCCGGCUCUCCGGCCAGAAGUACCAUUAUUUCCAGCCGGUUCUCUUCCAGCACGACCUGCUCAUUGACAAGACGACGUGGGGGCGAUCGGAGGUGGCCGCUAUCUUUGGCGACGACGACAACGUCGUCUACUCGCGAAACAACACGCAUCUCGGCAACAGUCUUAUGGCCCAUUGGCUCAACAUUGACGACGCUGGGUGCUGUCGCCUCUGUACCUUGCCGCAGCGUUUGGCGACGCUGCAAGAAGACGACAAUUACGAAGGGGGAUGCAUGAGUUGGGACAGCGACUGGAAACGAUUUUGCACGAUGUUCGGCAUCCAUCCCGGCACGUGCUCGACGCACGAUUGGUUCGAAGGCGUCUACAACCACGAAUACGAAGAUGUGUGCGAAAAGCUUGGUAAUCUCGACGAAGAAGAGCCUUUGUGCGCCCAGUUGAUCCGGCCGCUCAAGGCCUACAUGCGCGAGCACCUCCGCGACGCCAAGAUCGUUCAAAUCGGCGACUGCGGCUACUCCGAAACCGUGACUCUUUUGGUGGCUGGCUUGUCGGACGCUGGGUACCUCGUCGGCGCCUACGUCGUCAUGCAUUUGCUUUGAUACGACUAUUGUAUGCUCAAGAAAAUUCUCCCGUUUUGUGGCAACCCUGAUGACGUGGUGUCAAACGAGGAGUUGUGUACUUCGCUGAA